GAAAGAAAGUUUCGAAGAUCGCAAAUUGAGAUAAAUAAUGGCGAUGGAAGUAGCCACUCCGAUUCAUGCGCCGGUGACUUCUCCGGCGAGCAACAUCCUCUUGUCAGCAACAACCGUCGUGGAAACUCAGAAGAAGAACAGGAUUCAAGUUUCUAACACCAAGAAACCCUUGUUUUUCUACGUUAAUCUCGCCAAGAGGUAUAUUCAACAGCACAACGAGGUCGAGCUCUCUGCACUUGGAAUGGCGAUCACAACAGUGGUUACGAUCUCAGAAAUCUUGAAGAACAAUGGACUUGCAACCGAGAAGAAAGUUCUGACAUCGACAGUGGGAAUGAAAGACGAGAACAAAGGGAGAAUAGUUCAGAAGGCCAAGAUUGAGAUUGUAUUGGGGAAAUCAGAUAAAUUUGAUUCUCUGAUUACUCCGGUGACCAACGAUAUUGCGCCGGAGGAUGAGGAGGCUAAAACGGAGGAAAAACCAACUCUACAAGCAAAAACCGAUGCUGAAGGCAAGGAAUAACCAGAGAGUAAAU